UGUCCGUCUGCUCGGAGUUCGUGUUGUCUGCAGUCGUUAAACCGCGUUAUUGUUUGCGAAGUGUGGGUGGUUGAGGAAGCUUUCCGUAGCCGGCACAGAUUAAUCGAAGGACUCGGUUCCAGGGGUUUAUUACUGCUUAUUUUUGUCAAACAGCACGGUGAGAAAUUACGAGAUAUCUUUAGGACAGUGUCCUUGGGGUCCCAUUGUCAAACCACAAUGAUCACCAGAAGGAGAGGCCGCACCAUGAACAACACAGAGGUGCAGUCCCUGGAGAUUGAAGUGGGAGAUUCAGUGGAAACUGACCAAGAUCUCCCAAGUCCGCCUCAGGGGUUCCCUGCUGACAGUGUUGACAGUGCUGGAAUAGAGCUAGAGGACCUGUUUGCAAUCGACGAUUUAAAAUGGACACUUGAAAGAAAUACCACGUCCCCAUUCUUCGACAUUGACUUGGAUGAUCUUGGUGUGUGCAGUGCCAAGGAUCAAGAUUCUGGGAUCGAAGCUUCAUUGGCUUCAUCUCCAGAGAGAAUGUCAUCUGCCUUAAAGAUCAAAAAUAGGCAAAGCCAGUCAAUCCACAUGAUCAACAAAAAUGCCAUUGCUGCCAGAUUGAAUCGUCUGAAGAAGAAGGAAUAUGUCAGCGGCUUGGAGAAGAAAGUUGGCACCCUGUCAGCAGAAAAUAACAUACUCAAACAGGAAAAUUCCCAGCUGACUAAGAGAGUGGAAGAGUUGGAAGAUGAGACCAGGUACCUGAGGGCUGUGCUGGCCAAUGAGAGCAUGUUAGCCCAGCUCUUGUCCAGGCUGAGCGGUGUGAAUGGGAUGAAAUUAUCUUCCUCACUUUUCCAGGGGCCUGACUCAAACGACCAUGACUACGCCUUACCCAGGAAGCGUGUGAAAGUGGAGGAGAAAGAGACAUCUGGCGGCGUGUGUCUGCAUGUGGACAAGAACCAUGUCUCGGUGGAGUUCUGCACUAAGUGUGCAGAAAGUGCAAGCACAUCGUUCAAAAUGUAGGGUCAAGUACCUAUCUCUGUUUUCAGAUAUUGAGACUGAACUUGAUAAGGCUCAGUGUACUGAACUUCUUGAGGGUGGAUGAACACUGUUGAAUUAGUUAAAUUACCUAAGAACUGCUCAGUGUCAUAUGUUUUUGUGUGAUGAUGGAUUGAGUACACGUUACUGCUAAACCUUGUUGACAGUUUCUUCUAGGUAAUGGUUGGUCCACCAUGCGGGAUGAGUGGCUUUCUGAACACCUUUACCUGCUUGACUCCAUGUGGAUUCUGCUGGUGGAAGGUGAAGAGGCUGGACAAGCAGCUGCCAACGCGGCCUGGUAUUUUUUUUAAAGGUAGUAUCGGUAACAAAUGGUAUACAUUAAAUUAUAUUUUACCAAUACUCCACAACAUUUGUAGCUGUUGAUCUUGUCAACGUAGCUCAUGCAGCAUUUUUGGGAGGCUGGCACUUGGAGAAAUGCUACUUGAGGCUUAAUAGUCUCAUAAUUAUGUCUUGUAUAUAUUGACAUAUUGGAAUGUAUUCAUUAAAUACAUCCAAAAUGAUCUGCUUUAAGUGGUGAAAUUGCCAGUUUGGAUCAAGUGUAACAAAAUGUAAAUGUGUAUAUAAUUUUGAAUAUGUAUUGUUUGAGGGAAAUGACCUUGAAGAAAUGUUGGACAAAUAAAUUGUAUUUUGCUUAUGUUUGAGUUAAAAAUAUCUACUGUGUCUUGUUCUGUACUUUUGAUAUUAAUGCAUCUCUCUUUUUCUUUCUGAACAGCAUUCUCUCUGCCGAUAAAGGUCUUACUUUUCCUGAACAUUUGGGUCAAGUCUGGUAAAGGUUGUCCAAAAAAAUGACAGACCUCAUUUGAUGGAAAUCCAUCAAAUCAAGUGAAAACGGGUCUAAUCAAUAAUCGAUGUUGGCGUACUCGGCACUAUUUGGUUAGCAGAACAGUUUCAAGUAUUGCAGGGAGUAGUGCAAACACGAUAAUGAGUUAAUUACUGGUUUAGUGCUCAUACACAGCUUCAGAUAGCGUUUCUCAUCGGGGGUUGGGGCUCAGUGAUAACCUGCCGGUUUACACCAAUGCGACUAUGAGACAGGGUAUCGUUUCCAUAGCGACGACUUUAUAGCGUGUCUGUUAACUUUCUGUUGCGCAGAUCUGUGCUGCCUUCACUGCAACAGGAUGUCAGAAUAUCAUAACAUGUCCCCACAUGAUGAUUACUGUGUCCCACUCGCUUUUCCCAAGGAUACACCGUGCACCAGCGGUGUGCACGCAUGUUGGAAUAGCAUUAGUUUCAUGUGCCAUUUCUCGUAAUAUCUAAAUUACUGUGUCUUACAUUCCUGUGUUUAAAAUUUUGAUUAAAAGAAUAGUCCUACAAAUCACAACGCAGCAGAGUACAAGAUCUACAUUUUAUUUGCUAAUGGCUGGUAGGGGACGAGGAUAAGAAGUAAGGGGAUGGUGGCCCAAUAAAGGCUGAGGACCAUCAUUCAGCACAAAGCUGUUGUCUUGUUUCCAGCUGUGCAUUCUGAGUCAGCGGACUAGUACACAUCACUGUGACUGUCCCUGGACAGUCAGGUUGGCAGGUAGUGUCACAUGGUCAGGGUCAUUUGGACAGCAGCAGUCAUAAAAUCAAAUGGCAAUUUUGGAAACUGGCUUUGAGUGUUCAUCCCCUCAUGUGUUUUAUCACUUCUGAUGCUUGGAAGACAGGAACACCACUGUUUAUGUGAUGUUCAUACUGUUGUUGCAUUAUUGAUUUAACAUUUCUAACCUAGAGACAGUAGUUACCAUGACAGCAAGUCAGACUUUUAAGCUAUCAAAGAAUUAUACCGCCAGAUAAACACAACUGCAGAGAUGUCACAAGGUUGCUCAGAUCUUAAAGACGUUCCCACAAACAGUUGCUGAUGCACGUAGAGUGUCUGAUUGCUCAUUGAAGUCAUGAAGUGCCGACCGGAACGGUAAACGAAUACUACCCGCUGGUUGUAGCAGUGCUGACAACUUUCACAUGAAUAGGCUGUUUUAGUUAAGCGGCGUCUUUGGUGCAUUCUUUUCAAAUACUGAGUGCAUUUAAAGCGGACAGACCCUUUGGUCAUGGUUUCAAUGCAGUUACUACAAAUUCACUCAAGACAAAUUGUACUGGAGUGAUUUUUACAGUGCACUCUUUCUUUGCAGCAAGCAGGUGUUGAGGGCUGAGAAGGGAUCUCUGAGUUCACCUCCAGCGUAUUUAUGUCGAAUGCGUUUGUGGAAAAGGGUUUUUUUUAGUCUGCUUGGUGUAGAAAUUAUUCAAGACACCAGAUUCAGAUAGAGAGCUUUGCUUCAUUUUAAGUGCUAAAGUUUUUUAGACUCCUUCACACAAAAACAAACGCUGAAGACAUGAGACUUAAGUAGCAAACAGCUGACGAAGUGUAGUUGCACAAUGUGUCUUGGACAUAAAAGAAGAUGUCCUCAUUCACAGUUUGCCAAAAAAACUAGAGGCAUAUCUGAUCUCGUGUUAUGGUAUGUAAUAAAGUAACUUGAUGGACAUUGUGGCUCAGAUUAGUCACUGUUUUAAAAACCAAUAGACAUUUUUAUUGCAGAUGUCAAGCUGUCAAACGCAGGUAAAUAAUAAAUGAAUAAAAGCUGCAUCUGUUAAAGUUCCA